AUGGAUAAACACAAUCACAGGAUUGACAGAUUAGGUAGUGGGAGUGGUGAACAUAUAUGGGAAGAAGUAGGUGAAACAGAAGAGAAAGUAGAUAAAGUGGUACGGGAAGAGGUUGUUGCAGGGGGAAAUACAUCAGAUGAGGUAGUGAAUGACCUAGUGGAGGAAGUAGUAAGUGAAGCAAUGAACCAAUCGGAAGACGAAUCAAUAGACGAAACGACACAUGAAACGGAAGAUGAAACAUCAAAUGAACCGGUAGGUGGACCGGUAGAAGAACAUGUAGAAGAACAAGUAGACGAACCGGUAGAAGAACAGGUAGAACAAGUAGACAAAUCGGCAGAUGAACCUAUAGACAAAGGUGUGGCUAAUUCCAACCCAAACUGCAGAAACAGGGAGGACGAAACUCACUCUAGAAAUAUAAAACACUUUUGUAAAUUAAAAAAAAAAUACUUGUACCUUAAGAAAAGGGAAUAUGCAUCAUUUAGAUAUAAAAAAAAGAGGAAAAGAAAAAGGAAGGACAGUAAACAUCUUUUGAAUUCAAUUUCAGAAGCAUUAAGUCAUAUAAUUAAAUAUAUGAAUAAAAAAUACGUUAAAAUGAAAAGACAUUUUAAAAACACCUUUCCUAAUUUAAAUAUUAAACGGUUCUUAUAUGUGUUGCUAUUAUAUUUACUGAUAAAUGUAGCAUUAUUUCUUUUCUCCAUAUUUAUGUAUUUCUUUGUGUAUUUUUAUCUCAUUCCACAGAAUAAAUAUAUUUAUCCUAUAGAUUUUUCUUUAGCGAGAAAUCCCAUUGAAGAUUAUUUAAAGAGUAAAAUUUAUGAUCAUGACACAAAUUAUAUGGGGGAUAAUUCCACUUGUCCUAGCAUGAACAAAUCGGAAGAUUUGUAUUUGAAACAUUUACAUUCUAUUAAAAGUGAAAUUUUAAAUAGUAUAAAAAGUAAAGGUACUUGUUGCUGCUCCGAAAAAUGGAACAAUAUGUCAUAUGAUAAUAUUUUUCCAUUUCGAUAUAAAAGGGAAAGUUAUAAAAAUAAUGAAAAAUUACAUCUUUUUGAUGAUGAAAUAGAGUAUAAAUAUUUACAAAAUAAUAUAUUAAUAGGUCAGGCAAAUUUUCAAAACGUUUCAAAUGAAGAAAAGUCAAACAAGAAUGAAAGUUUUUAUAAAUUUUUUAUACCCCUUUCGAGAAAGCAAAAAAAAAUAAGUACUCUUAAUAUAAAAAAAGGUUAUAAAAUUGACGUUGUUCUAAAUUUUUCAUAUAUGAAUAAUGAUUACAACGAUAAAUUUAGUUUCCUUCAACUAGAAACCGACAUUUUUAGCAAAAAUGAUGAUAUUAUUUUAAGAAAAGAAAAGAUGCAUAUUAAUAAUAAAAAUUAUGACUUUAUAAAUAAAUUAUAUUUAUUUCUUAAUGCUCCUUUUUAUUUUUUUAACGUACUUAAUCGCAGAACUACUGAAAUAAGUUUAGUGAAUGAUUAUGAAUAUAUGACAGAUUUCCACAAAAUUAAAAUAUAUAUAUACCCACCAAUACAAAUUUAUGAAGCUUAUGUAGUUGUGCUAGUGUAUUCUAAUUUCAUUUAUUAUUAUAUAUAUAAAUACCCUUUUCUCUUUUUUUAUGUCUUUAUUUUCACAUUAUCUUCCUUCUUAAUUUUUGUAAAUACAAUCCUUUUCCUUCUAGUAGGAUUAUAUUAUUACCUCCUCAAUAAAAUAUGA